AUAAAGAAGUCAGCGAUACUUCUCAGAUGCUAUUAUAUUACUGUCAAGAAUGAUAGUACUGAAAAUUUAUCCCGUGGCUUGAACACAGGAUCAAAUAUUAGAAAAAUACUGUUUUCCCUUUCAAAGUUUACGUAAAUAUAUCCGUGUGCUCGAAAUGAAAUUGGUGUCAUUGAUUAAUUAACUAAUUUAUUCGUUUAUUUACAUGGUCAUGCAUAUUUGUUCGUUCCGUGAAAAUGUAAUUAAAAAAUUACGGAAUCCUCAAGUAAAUAAAACCAUUUUUUUUUUUUUUUUUUCAAGACAAAAGAUGAACAUAGGAAGGGAGACCAUUUUUUUUAUGAAACAUGACAAAUACAUUAUGAAGAACUGUUAGCGGUGGUAGCGAAUGUAAAACCUGAUGUGAAGAGAAAGUGAAAGUGUGGCUCACUGCUGCUAGACGAGUUGUGACACGCCAUAGAAAAAAAAGAGAGAGAGAGAGAGAGAGAGAGAGAGAGAGAGAGAGAGAGAGAGAGAGAGAGAGAGAGAGAGAGAGAGAGAGAGAGAGAGAGAGAGAUGUGUAUCUACCUGUCCAGCUCACCUAACUUCAUUCUUGGAGUUACAGUGAACCGUAAAACAGUUCCACAUUAUCUGAGGCUCACAAGUAUAUUCCUACACAGUUACGAGCAUUGUGCGACUUAUGAUAAUCACGUGUAGGUUGUACGCAUCGUUUUGGGUGUCUCCUUGCUCCUGCUACCACACAUCGCGCCGUGACGCUGCCGCAAGAGGACGUCUUGGAAUACUGCUUGCGAGUUGAAGCGUGGACAUCAAGAAAAAGCUUUUUGAGUAGCUAAUUCAGUCUCAGUCUACAACAUAUUAUCGUAUAUAUCUAUCAAGAUCAAAAUACAACGGAGUGCAGCAUAAUGUGUGAUUAUUAGGUGUAAAAUACAUAGAAAGGUGGUAGCUGUAGGUGCAUACGUACUGAUGGUGCAUACAACCGUUGCUGUGUGACUUGCAAUAUGUAGUGCAAAUGAUAAAUCAGAACCAAACAAAGGGGAAAAUCGAUAAGCACGAAACGGCGUACAGCAACAGAUCCCACUCCAUGCGUGCAGCACCCCUCAGUGAGUGCUGGUUCUCCCUGCCUUCACGAUCCCCGCAUGUGCCUGUGUCAACCAAAUGCUCUUCUCUGACGCUUCCCACGCCGUGACAGCCUGGAGGGGGGGGUGUGAAGUGGCUUGCUUCCUCAUUGAACACUCCUCAGUAUAUGAGUCAUGGCCACCGUCAGUUCCCUGCUGUUGCUCCUCCUGCUCCCAUGGGUCGCUACUGCCGCUGUCACUCCCGCUGUGCCCGCGCCGCCCCGCGAGUGCCUGGCGGUGACACAGACGAAGAUAACAUGGACUUGGCCUCCGCUAGUGUUGACGGUAUGGGUGUGGGCGGAUCCUGAAAUCUCCGACGCUCAGAUCCUACAAAUGAACCUUCCUGAUCCAUCUCGACCGCGCGUGAUCACUCUCCACACAGAAGGGUUUACGGAGGAAGUACUAGAGGAAGAAGUUGAGGAGGACUGGGGUGAGGAGCGGGUAAAGCCGGGAUGGGUGGAGCUACGCCUUGCCAUUAAUGAUAACGUGACUUUGAGCACUGCAGGGAAGGACGGAAGACACCUCCUGAGCCGCUCCCUGCCCCGCCACCUGCACGACCUCCACUUAGCUGGCAGCAACCUCACCGUCGACUGCCGCUCAGGACAAGUUGUGUGGCGAGUUGGGGGAGAGUGGGUAGGGGUGCCAUUGGCUCGGGAAAGGCACGGGGACGGUCACCCCUUCCUGCUGUACCCUCACCACGCCAUCCUGCCCUCCCUCGGCUUCCUAGGGAGAAAGAAGAUCCUCACCCUUGGAUGGGACCGCCACCACGCUCGCCUCGACGCUCUCAGUAGCCGAGGUGCUCCCACCAUCGCCACCAGGGAGAACACCACGCCCGAGACCUCCACCAACACAUCCGCCGCCGCCAGCCUGCAGCCGUUGCCGCCAUCCACAGCCUACCUGCUGCGGUUGGUGUGUAAGGAUGUGGGUGUGGCGGGUAAGGGUGUGUUAUGCCAGCUGAAGGACGAACAAGGAGGAGAGGGGCGCCUGCUAGGCACUCUACGGGCACCCGCGGCCCCCUCGGUGAUGAGGGUGAGGGGUGAGAACCAGGGCUUCUUUUUCCUUCAGCAGGACAUCACCGACUCGCUGCCGCCCACGCCCACCCAUCGCCAGCACCCGGCCCCCGCACCGUACACUGCCCCAUCACCUCCGCCACGUUCCGAGGCUCAGGGCGGAAAUGAUCUUGCUAGAAAUGAAGAUCCCUUGACUCCUAGUAAGAAUGUUUCCACCCCGGACUCUGCACAGCCGCCCACCACACCCAAACCCGCUCCCACGGACUCUUCUACAGGCGGCGGGUCGGACGGGCACGUGAACGACAAAGUGAUGGGGUGGAGUGGGUGGUGGGUGAUCCUGACGGUGUUGCUCGCCAUCCUACUGGUCUUCGUCAUCAUCAUGUGCUUCGUGUCACACUACCACCGCCCCAAACUAGAGAAAUAUCUGGAGGGUCUGCAUCUGAUCCCGGAGUCAUCCAUGGAGGACCUGCUUGAGUUGGAACGUCCGCUGUGCCAGCAGGACCGCCGCCCCAUCAUGCUUCGCUCCGUGUCCAUCGUCAACACGGAGGACCUCAACGCCGCCCCAGCCUUCAGACUGUGGAAUGCCGUGGCUUCAGGGGACGAGAUGGAAGUGAAACAGGUGAUGGCCUCGCUGAGUCCUAACCCGAACUCUAACCUGGCGGGCCAGGACACCACGCCCUACCAGGAGGCGCACCACCGCGGUCAUUCCCCCGUCCUGCGCGUGCUGGAGGCUGCCAUGGACAAGAGGCCCGACGUGCCCCACAACGAUAUGGUUCUCAGCAUCCUGCAGGCCCACGCAAAGAAGGUGGAGGCUGUGUUUGAGGCUGCGCGGGGAGGCCAGUACAGACAUGCUGGGGGUGUGGACGUAUUACUGAGAGCUUACAGCCUCCCCGGCACCCUACAUGACCACCAGGGCCGUUCCCUCCUGCACUAUGCCGCUUUCGUACAGCUGGCUGACGGCGCCCCGCUAUGGCUGGCCCAGGACGUGCGCAGCCUUGUGGAGAGUCACGGCGUGCUGGUUAAUGCCGUGGAUUUCAAAGGAUGCUCGGCGCUGCACAUUCUGGUGGAGUACGCGAAAAACAGUGAAAACAUAACCUGCUGGGAUGGAAAGACACUCAGUGUGAGCGAGGCGUGGCUGUGUUUGGCCAGUCUGCUGAUGGAAGUGGGCUGUGACCCACGGCUGCUCAACCACCUCUACCAAUCGCCCCACCAGUUGACCGCUGCUGCACAAAAUCCUCGCCUGAAGGCUCUUCUCUCCAAGGCUUCAGAUAAUUUGGGGACGACUGACAUUUCUCCAUCACUCGAGAAGUUUCCUGAAGUGGUGCAGGCGUCGGCGCGAGGGGAUGAGGCUGCCUUGCGGAAGCUGCUGCAGGGUGGGGCAAGGGUGCUGCCUCUUGGGGGCCGUCGAGACCCCCUCCUUGAGGCUGUUAGAGGCGGCCAUAGAAACAUUGUCUUCCUUCUAUUAUCUGCUGGAGCUCCAUUGUGUGCUCAUGGUCUUCUAGGCAACACUCCCUUUGAGGCCGCCCAUCGCACUCUGGGUCUUCCCGCCCUCUUCCCUGCACUCAUCAGAAAGGAAUUUUGUGACAGGCUGCAAGAAGAGCUUGAGGUUCUUGCUGCCUCAGACAGGCAGCAUGCCACCACAGUGGAGGGACUUGUUCAGCUCAAGACUAUCGCUGAGGUGUCUGGCCACCGACUUGGGGAGCAGUUGAAAACUUGGAGAGAUCGUCGAUCCUCCACUUCCUUCGGAUACUCCACUGAUGCCUUAACUCAGGCGGCAUCCCUGGGCCUCACCCUGACAUGCCAGCUGCUGGGCGUGGCAGGAGUACCUCUCCACCCUCUGCCCCAUCUCCCUCACCCUCUGGUGCGUGCUUUGGGACGAGGUCAUUACCACACUGCUUACUCUCUGUGCAGGGAUCUCAAGAUGAACCCUUACAGUGCUGGUGUGUCUGCCAGUGCUGUUCCAGAACAGCUGUUGGCCGAUCUCAUGGAAAGUGAACUCAAAAAGAUUGAUAAAAAGCUCAGGAAAAAAGGAAUCGGGGCUGCAGCAGCUGAGGACUUACUACAACGUAUCAGAAGCAAACAGAGUGCUCCCACUCUCAAACAACUGCAAACCAUCAUGUAUCUGUUGGCAGAAAUGAACCUGGUGACACUCUUGCACCAGAUGAGGCAGAGGCUUCCUGACUUGGACUUCAACAUGCGGGUGCACACACCCUCUGCGAGCACCAUGCUGCACGUGGCAGCUGCUCAUGGUAAGAUAGCCAUGGUGGAAUACUUGUUGAGUCGAGGAGCUGAUCAGAAACGUCUGACUCGAGGCAGCCUAACCCCCUCCCAUCUGGCAGCCCUGAGGGGUCACACAGAAUGUAUCGAGUACUUGGUAGGGUGCAGCAGGGCAGAGCCAGAGUGUGGGUGGGGACUGAGCCCAUCACAACUUCUUGAGCAUUUUAAUGAUAAUAUGAAAAGCCGUCACUUGGAUUUACUGACUCAUCAGGAAGCCCUGGCCAUCAUGGGGACCAGUGGGGAAUUUGCCAGGGCUCAGCUUAUCCUGGCAGGCAGGUGUGCCAAACUGGGUAUCACCUCUCCUGGUUCCUUGUGGCUCAUGCUGGAGGAAGAGGAGAGUAAAAUUAAAGCAUUCAUCUCCAAAGAGCUUGAGGAAUCUGUAUUAUGUGAUAUCAAAGAGCUGUCUCAACAGAUAGAGGAAAAAGAUGAAAGAUUUCGCGGGAAGGUUGUGUCUUAUCCAUUAGUGAGGGAGAGGAUGGACCUGCUGCUUCCAGAUAACUUUGAAUUCUAUCUUGAACUGGAAGAAUAUAGUGCUCUUGAGGGAGGAUCCAUUAAUGUGGUGAAUGGUAAAGACUCUCCUAAAGGUUAUGUUUCCAAGGUCACCACCACUAAAGACCAAGGUCUCUUUACUGGUGAAAAUUUUAUAAAUACUUUCAGAAGAGUGGCCCAAGAAGCACUCAGUGCCACAACCUUUACAACUUUGACACUAGUGCCUCCCUUCCUUGCCCACACACCAGGGGGAGUGUGCUUACAUGUUGCCCUGAAGUGUCCUAUGAAAGUAGUAUUGGUGAGAGUGAUGCUGACUCCUGUCAUCAAGAUCACAGUGCCAAAGUGGGUAAGUUUGGAGCACCUGUCUGGAGAGAAGCAACUGCAGCCAGAAAAUAAUCUCAUAUCCCAUGUGCACCUGGCAGCCAGCCCAGAGAGUUGCUGGAUAUUCCUAUUCAACCACUUGGUGGAGUGGAUGGUAUCCCAUGGAGAGGAAUAUAAGUGGAGGGUGUUGCAAGCUUGUCUCUAUUUCACCAAGCUGCUGGAGACUUGCUGGUGGCUCCCCAAGAAGGUAACUCGUGACUAUGGGAUGACUUGGCACAUCAUACCCAUAGGUGUGGCUGUUCCUAACACCGCUACUCUCCAACUGCAUUUCAUGGAGGAGCUGUUAGGGGAAGGAAGGGAUGCAUGGACUAAAGACCAGUGGCUUUCCCGUCUGGUGGCAGUGGUCAGAAGGGCAUCCUUCCCUCUCAGUGUUGAAAGUACACCAGAUAGCCUCAAGCCUACCAGUGCCAUGCAGGCCACAUUGCAAUUCUUGAUGGAGCUGCAGAACAAUGUCAUUCAGGCCACAGUAACCUGACACUCAUAUCUUUUGCCAUGCUGUGCUAACUGUUUGUGCACAAAAGUGCACAUGCAAACACACACAAAACUACACAAAUAUUUUUUAUACAAAAUGCCUCUCCUCACAUAUGCAAGAUGACAAAAAAUAACAAUAGCUUCCUGCUUUUAUGAGAAAGUUUUCUGAAGUGCAACAUACUGUGCAAGUCAGCAUGACAUGUAUAAUUUUUUGUUUCAGUGUGGGUGUGUAUGUAUGUGGGUGUGUGCAUGAAUGCAUGUGUGUAUGUGUGUAUCUGUUAGAAUGAAGUUUUACAAACCAAAAUGUUGCUCAAAAUAUACUAAUCAUUAAA